AUGAACAUCUUCACGCGCCGGAACAUUUUCCACUGUGCCAUCUUAAUAUGGCUUAACCAAAACGCAUUUUCAACAAGUACAUCUCAAGCUGAAGGUCAUAAUUGGCCCAAUUUCAAGCCUGGUGAGUGCUACAGCAAUGCCACUUACAUAGAAUGCGAGCUACGCGACGAUGGUGCUCAAGGGUUUUAUAAAAACAUGUUAGAUCGUAUGAGAUUGAAUUAUCUGAAGAUAUCUAAAGAUGAUUGCUUGCAACUACCAAAUGUAAUGGGUCGAGAGGAUAUUACCUACAAGGCAAUCGUACAUUACUCAAAUCAAACAUCAAAAAUCAGCCAGUCCUCGGAUGGCAUACAAAAGCUGCGUUUAAUAUACAGCACUCACGACUUGAAAUUACCGGCGAAACUUUUUCAGGACUAUAAGGAUAUGACACGCCUAUCUAUGUGGAUAUCAGGAACAGAAAAGAAUGGAUACUUUUAUAAGAAUAUAUUCGCACAUGUGGCUCAUUUAGAAAUGAUCGAAAUUCAAGCGAAUGGCACCACCAGAGACUUACCAUUUAAGUCUGUCAAUGUGAUGUAUCCGCUAAAAUCUCUCGAUUUAUCGCGCAACCAAUUUGAAGUAUUACCCGAUGAUAUGUUUGCCACAUUGCCGGAACUCAACUAUUUGUGUUUGAAAAAGAAUAGAUUGAAAACUUUACCGAUUAAUGCGUUUGCAAAACAGCAGAAAUUGUUAAUACUUGAUCUUAGAGAUAAUUCCUUAGAUCAUCUACCGGCAGGCAUAUUCAGACACACACCUCUCCUGUGUCAAUUGAUACUUGGUGCGAACAGCUUUCUCACGCCGACAAGCAUCGUUGAUAAUAUUAGCGGAUUGCGUUACUUAUACAAACUGGACUUAUCCAUGAAUCAGCUCAAGACGCUACAGGGAGACGUUAGUGUCGGACAUGAAACAUUAUUCAGCAGCUUUGCAGUACACAUGGAUAGCGACAGUUUGGUGGCGUUGAUGCCUAAUUUAAGUUUUCUUUUUGCACAGUGGGAUAAGCAAUUUGAAAUUCAGUUCGUUAAUACGAAAGAAAUCGAUUUAAGUUUUAAUAAAUUUGAACAUUUCGAUAUGGCAUGGUUGCAGCAAGCACAAACAUUAUGCGACUUUGUGAUUGAUCUAUCUUUCAAUGACGUUAAGCAUAUAAAUAUAACAACCACUACAUUCAAUGCAACCAUGAGUUGUGGGACAACAAUAAAUCUUGAAUUCAAUCCACUCGAGUGCGAUUGUAAAUUUACUUGGUUGGCUAUCAACAACUAUCUGGACAAUCCAUUCACAUUGCAUUGCAGUUUAACACCGAUUGAGGAACCCCAAAUCACAAAAAUACAACGCAGUGAGUCCUGCGAUUGGCUGCCAGCUUUGUGUCCCGCUGGAUGUGUUUGUCGUUUAGGCGCGGAAGCGCUGCUUAUAAAUUGCGAAGGAGGUGUGCUGACUGAGCUCCCAUACCUGCCGCGACCGGAGCCAUUUUCUCGAAAGCUUUCAAAGCUCUCACUCAGUCAUAAUAGUUUUCGUCAACUGCCUUCGAAUGCCACGAUCGGCUAUGCGAAUGUGACGCAUCUCAAUGUCUCUCACAAUCAACUCAACUUACUGCGACCAAUGGAACUGCCAACCAAACUGCAGAUGCUGGAUGUGCGUCAUAACCGCUUAGACCAUUUGACUGUGGAGUUUGUAUCGGCUUACCUCAAUGAGAGUGGGUCACUGCAGCAAUUAUAUCUCGCUGAUAACCCAUGGAAAUGCGACUGCAGCGCUGAGUUGCUGUUACGUGCGAUACGCACACAACGUAAACGUAUUGCGGAUGUUGAUAAAAUGGUGUGCGUAAAUUUACGGAAUGUUCUUAUGAGAGAUAUAAAAUUUUCCGACAUUUGCGGCGCGUCUAAUAUGAUCACCCUUCUAAUGAGCUGCUUUGCCGCUUUGAUUAUUGCAAUACUCUUUCUUUUCGCACUAUAUUAUAAGUUUCGCAAGCAAGUUCAUGCGUGGUUGUAUCAUCAUAAAAUCUGUUUGUGUUGCAUCAAUGAGGAGGAAUUGGAUAAGGAUAAAACAUUCGACGCCUUCAUCUCCUAUGCACAUAGGGACGAGGAAUUCGUAAAUCAAACGCUGCUGCCACAACUGGAGCAAGGCGAGCCGCCAUUUCGCAUUUGCACACACGAACGCAACUGGCUUGGUGGUGCUUAUAUACCCGAACAAAUUGUUGAAUCGGUCGCGCAGUCGUGUCGCACGAUCAUCAUACUCUCGCAGCAUUUCAUCGAAUCCGAUUGGGCGCGCAUGGAGUUUCGCACGGCGCAUCAAUGCUCCUUGAAUGAGGGACGUGCGCGUAUAAUUUUAGUGAAAUAUGGCGAAAUUAAUUGCUCCAAACUGUUGGAUGUAGAGCUGAAAGCCUAUUUGAAUGCAAACACCUACUUGGAUUGGGCCGAUCCGGCAUUCUGGAAGAAAUUACGUUACACCAUGCCGCAUAGGAAGGGUGAGAGUCGUAGAGCAGGUAUGCUGGAGUUGAAUAAUCGGGCUUAUGUGAUCGGAGAUGUUGAAAUGUAUUGUUUGCAUAGGGAACAGAACUAAGUUCUCGCCGCCUGCAUUCGUCGUGUUGGAUAAUACAUCAUUUUGCAUAUUUAUUUUUAGUGCGGCACAUUUCUACCGAGUGUUUCGUUUUAAUUGGAAUAAUCCGUGCGUGAGAUAAGCACAAUCAGGAAGAUGACUCAAAUCUCUUAUUCAUCACUCCAAAAGUAUAAUUUCAUCAUAAUUUCGAGGAACCGACGAUGCAAUUUAAAAUCUUAACUAUUAUAAUGUUAAUGAACUGUUUCAAAAUUUUUUUGAUUUUCGUAUUUUUUAAUAUUUCUGUACAUGCUUCUGAAUAAUAAAGUUAAAG